GUGCCAUAUUUAUUCAUGCCGGGCAAGAUGGCGGCGAUACGGACGAGGUGUUAUUGCCAGUGGACAUAAAAAACGGCAUUUUAUUCAAAAUUCAGAGCCGAGUCGGACACGUUCGCACACUUGACCGCAUCGUGUGUGCGUUUACCGCGUGACGAGCGUCGACGUCUUUUUUAUUCCACACGUUUCGAGUGUUUUUUUUCCUCCAAAAUGUUCACGCUGUAACUCGCUCGCUAACACAGAGCAGAGCAGCUAGCUAGCCAUCGAUCACAGCCGAGCCGCCGUCAAGUGGAGAAUGGGAGAAAAGCUGGAGCUCAAGCUCAAAUCGCCGGUCGGAGCAGAACCUGCUGGCUAUCCGUGGCCGUUACCAGUAUACGAUAAACACCAUGAUGCUGCUCAUGAAAUCAUCGAGACCAUUCGGUGGGUGUGUGAGGAAAUCCCAGACCUCAAACUGGCAAUGGAAAACUACGUGCUCAUUGACUAUGACACCAAGAGCUUUGAGAGUAUGCAGAGACUUUGUGACAAGUACAACAGGGCCAUUGACAGCAUUCACCAGCUGUGGAAGGGGACCACCCAGCCCAUGAAGUUAAACAAGCGUCCUUCCAAUGGGCUGCUGAGACACAUCCUACAGCAGGUGUACAACCACUCAGUGACUGACCCGGAGAAGCUGAACAACUAUGAACCCUUCUCCCCUGAGGUCUAUGGAGAGACCUCUUUCGACCUGGUGGCUCAGAUCAUUGAUGAGAUGGAAAUGAUGGAAGAGGACACCUUUGUUGACCUCGGAAGUGGAGUGGGGCAGGUGGUACUGCAGGUUGCAGCAGCAACCAACUGUAAACACUACUAUGGUGUAGAGAAAGCAGACAUUCCAGCUACCUAUGCAGAGACCAUGGAUAAAGAGUUUAAAAAGUGGAUGAAAUGGUAUGGGAAGAAACAUGGGGAGUACACACUGGAGAGAGGUGAUUUUCUGUCUGAGGAAUGGAAAGAAAGGAUCGCCAACACAAGUAUUAUUUUUGUGAAUAACUUUGCCUUUGGUCCAGAGGUAGAUCACCAGCUGAAGGAGCGCUUUGCUAACAUGAAGGAAGGAGGGAAAAUUGUAUCCUCCAAACCUUUUGCACCUUUAAAUUUUAGAAUCAACAGUCGAAACUUGAGUGAUAUUGGCACAAUAAUGCGUGUGGUGGAGCUUUCUCCACUGAGAGGUUCCGUGUCCUGGACUGGAAAGCCGGUUUCCUACUACCUGCAUACCAUAGACCGCACCAUACUUGAAAACUAUUUUGCUAGUCUCAAAAAUCCUAAACUCAGGGAGGAGCAAGAGGCAGCUAGGCGACGUCAACAGAAAGACACAAAGGACAGCAAAAGCAAUAGCACCACGCCCACAAAACCUAAAGAACAGAACAAGCAGGACUCCUGUGGUGAAGAGGAGCGUCCUAGCUUGGUGACAGUGGUCAAGCCCUCUGCCAAACCCAGGAGAGCCCGACUCUUGUCCAAAGGUCGCAAGCUGAACAAUAAGAAACGUGGUCGACCCAAGAAAGCUACUCCAGCUGCUGAGAAGAAAAACAAAAAGAAUCAGAGUGCAUUGGAUUUGCUGCACGCCAAGACCCUUUCUGCAGCACCCCCUCAGGAUGCGUACCGGCCACCUCAGAGUCCCUUCUACCAGCUACCUCCCAAGGUCCAGCACUAUCCCCCCAGUCAACUGCUGCUGAGCCCAACUCCUCCUGGUCUGCAACAACUGCUAGAUAACAUCAAAGUUCAGUACCUCCAGUUUAUGGCCUACAUGAAGACUCCUCAGUACCGCUCCAACCUGCAGCAACUUUUAGAGCAGGAGAAGCAAAAACACAGGGACCUGUCAGGGCAGGCAGAGCAGCUCCAUUCAGUCUGUCAGUCCCACAAGGACAAGAUCAAGGGUCUCUUUCAGACCAAACUGGAUGAGCUGGGAGUUAAGGCCCUGACAGUGGAGGACCUCCUGCAGGCUCAGAAGGAGAUAUCAGCCCACAACCGUCAGCUGAAAGAGCAGACUAAGCAGCUUGAGAGAGACAUGGCCUUGCUGAGAGACCACAGCCUGCUACUGCUUAAGUCUCGAUGUGAGGAGCUGAAGCUGGACUGGGGCUCAUUGUGUCUGGAGAGUUUGUUGAAAGAGAAGCAGGCACUACGUAGACAGAUCUCUGAGAAACAGAGGCACUGCUUGGAGUUGCAGAUCAGUAUCGUGGAGCUGGAGAAAAGUCAAAGGCAACAGGAGCUGCUUCAGCUCAAAUCCUACAGCCCCUGUGAGGGCUCCCCAUACAGAAAGAGCCUAGAGUCACGCUCUUCCACUGACAUGGACUCUUCUAAGCUCGGCCUGUCCUCAGCCCCAGCUCUCAACGGUAUUAGCCCAGAGCUUUCCAUCAAUGGCACCAGCUCACCCUGUUUUGACCGAGCCAACACAAAGGGUGAGCUUCUCUCUCGCUACCUGCCCAUCUCUCCUGACCACGAGAUUGUGCCUGCCACCCCCGACAUUCGACAGAGGCAGCAAAGCUCCUCCCAUGCUCUUCCUGACUACACUCGCUUCUCCCCUGCCAAGAUUGCCUUGCGGAGGCACCUUAACCAGGAUCCUACUGCCUCUGCUCACUUAAGAGGUCCAGGGCUGACCACACACAGGGAACUGGGUGGCGUUAACUCUCCACUCGGAGCCAAGCAGAACUGUCCUUCUCCCAAUGCUUCCGAUCCUCAGAAUAAUCCUAAAAGCUCUGAGAGGGGCGGUAAGGAGAGAAGUCCAUCUGUUCAGGGAGACAACAGCAUCACAAGCCUUCCGAUUAGCAUCCCUUUGAGCACUGUCCAUCCGAGUAAACUACCAGUCAGCAUCCCACUGGCCAGCGUGGUGCUGCCCAGUCGCGCUGAGAGACUGAGAAGUACUCCAAGCCCUGUGUCUCAGGCAGGUCAGACGAAUGGAUAUUCAUCCAGCUCAGGCCUGAUGAAUGGAGGUCCCCACCCUGAGGAUCACAAUGGUGCUUCUUCAUCACCUCCUCCACACAGCAACACUCCUUUAAUAGGACCAAUGGGUCGAGGUGGUCCCAUCCAGAGCCCCCCACUCAACACUGGAGGGGUGCUCCAGUAUGCCGACGGACCCCCGAGGAUUCUUCCAGAAGACGGACCGGACCGCCAGGGAGGGGAGUCGGACACGGAGCCCCAGGACAGUGAACUGCGGAGGAGGAUCUUCUUCUCUUCUUCCUCUUCUUCAUCCUCGUCUUCCUCUUCGUCGGGCAGCGGAGGCAGCGUGGCCGGAGGAUCACGCCUCCACCAUCACACUGGCAACUCGGCCAAACAGGGAUACCACAGUAACCAUGGAAACCACCACCACCAAUCCCCCGGCACGCAGCACACCCACACGCCCACACACACGUCGUCAUCGCACUCCUCGCACAGCCUCGGCUCUCAAGAAGGCCGCAAACGGGGGAGAAGGAAACGUAGCUCUGCAGGUCCUGUGAUGGCCAGCGGAUCCCCAAAGAGGAGGUCGUUCCCUGGGAUCAGCGCCAACAACCACUCCUCAGGAUCACCGCUCAACAUUAACUCCAUGGUGAACAACAUCAACCAGCCUCUGGAGAUCUCUGCCAUCUCCUCGCCAGAACAAUCAAGCCGCAGCCCCAGCGGGCCCGACAUGGACCAGCCUCCCAUCUUGAAAAGAGAGCGCCCCCUGGAGCUGAACGGUACGGGUCGAUACUCCACAGCCCCCAGCUCCGAUGAUGAGGACUCAGGAUAUCCUGCUGACAGCUCCAGUUCUCGAAUUGAAAGAAAAAUAGCCACUAUAUCCCUGGAGAGCAGAGAUGGACCUGGUAGAGAGGGCAGAAAGUCUGCUAGCAGCAGCGGUAACAGUACAGGCAGCGAGGCCUCCUCUUCAUCCUCCAUGUCCUCUACCAGCAAGUGGAAAUCCACUUUUUCACCCAUUUCCGAUCCCAAGCAGCCCAACUCCGACCUGAGGCAGGGAGGCUCUCCUUUCGGCAUGGGGGGCUCAAGCCGAGGCACGGACUCAGACUCUGACCACAAACAACAGCAGGUGAGGAAAGGGAGUGACGGGGAGUCGUCCAGCUACAUGACCCCCAACCCUUUCCUCAGUCAGGAGGCAGGGACCCGGGGUGGAGGUGGUGGUGCCGGUGGUGCCCAGGGAGGCGGUGGAUCCGACCAACGCCAGGCCCUCCAGAAGCAGAAGGCCUCUCGGGAUUGGGAGAUGAAGACCAACAGCAGCCUGGCCAGUCAGAAUCUCUUCAUUUCUGCUGCUGCCAGCAGUGGAGGGGGCAUUCUGAGUGGGAAGGUGGGAGGAAGUCCUGUAGCAGUUUCCUCAACCACAGGCUCAUCUGUGGGACAGUAUCUGGGGUCGCAGUUCCCACUUGGAGGGACUUCAGUCUUACAGUCGUUGUUCGGGGCCCAGACAGGUGGAUCCACAGUGAGUGGGACCCCUCGUCUUGUCAACGGACACUCUGCCCUGGGAAGUUUUUCCAGUGCUGGACUGGCAGGGGGAGCGGCAGGAGGUAUAUUUCACCACGUGGUUCCCUCAGUGUCCUCCCAUCAGUUUGGGGCGGCGCUGCCCACCUCUGGAGGCCUCAGCUCUCUGCUCAGUCUCUCCUCCUCUUCCUCUACCUCCUCCCAAACCCAGCAACACACCACCCCUCAGCCAGCCUCCACUCGCCUGACCUCCGUGUCCUCACCCCUGCCCCUCUCCCUCUCCCAGGCCCAGCACAGCCGCACCCAGUCGGUGCUGCACAGCCCCUCUCCUCCCACGCUCUCCCUGCCUCCCCCACCUCCCCUGCACAGCGUCCCCUCCUCCUCAGCGUCCAUGCACUCUGACCCCCCACCAUCCUCCCGAUCAGACUCCCUUCACUCCUUGCGUCUGUCGCACUCCUCUCUCCACCACCAGAGAGCACAGUCAUCCCUCUCUCUGUCCAUCUCCUCCUCCACCUCUGUCGCUUCUGUCUCUACCGCUGCUUCCGCCUCCCCCUCCUCCUCCCUGUCGACCUCCUCCUCGUCUCGUCCAUUCGCAGUGCACUACUCCCCUCGGCUGCCCCCUCCAUCACCGGCCAGCAGCUCGGGUGGUGGUGGGAGCAUGUGGAGGACUCAGGGCAUGCAUGGUGCCUACACCACCUCUCAGCUCCCCGGCUCCCGACCUAGAUAGGGUUUGGGGUGAGGGGAAAGAGGGGAGAAUGGAGAGGGUGGAGGGCAAUCGGGGUGGAUAGAGGGAGAGAAUGAGAGAAAGAGAGACUGGUAGGGAGUGAGAGAGACAGGAUACCUGUUUUCCCUGUGCUUCUGCAAGCUGUUGUUCAGAUUGAACAAGGUAAUUGAUGAAAGCUACCUCAACAUUAAAUAAACUAUGCAAAUGUCCAGGUGUGGACCAAGGCACUCUCCUCAUUCACUGGUGCUUCAAACCGUCUGCACUACCCAACCGCCUCCAAGACCGGCUUCUGUACUGGGAUCUUUACACACACACACAUGAACACACACACAUGAACACACACCCGAACACACACCCUCAAACACACAAACACACUAACCACCACUGUGGUCACCUUGAGCAGAUUUCAUCGGUGCUGGUCAUGUUUAUGUGUGGGUGUAUUAAAAUCUUGCUUCAAAAUUUUUACAAUCUGGCUUUUUUCUGGCACUGAAUGAACUGAAUUAUCAUAUCUUGUCUCACUUUAAGGUGCUCUGCAACAUGAUUUUUUUUCUUAUUUUGUUACGCCAACUAGUGUUCAACAAAAAAUAUUUAAUACAUUUUGACUGUUUAAUUCCUCAUUUGACACGAAACCGAAGCACACAGUACACCUUUUUGAGCCGAAUCUCUUCAGGUGUCGCGUUUCCUCUGAUGGGUGUGUGUGUCCAAACUAAAACACAGACACACAGCCAGGUCACUGAACUCUGCUCAGAUGUCAUGCAGCUUUGCUUCUGCAUGCACGCCUUCUUAUCUCUGUUUUCAUCCCUCGGUGAAAUUCGAUAUUUGUUGCAACACAUUUGACCAUGAAACUAAAUGAGGAACUCAGUAUUUUGGUCUAACUUCACACUGGAUUGUAAGAUUUAGUUCCUCAUGUAGCAGAAUAUGUACAUGUCCUGGCUGGUUAGUUGACACCCCUGUUUUGUUUGUAAUUUGCUUAAUGUUUAUAUUUAAGAAAUGAAAAGUAUAUAAAUCAGAUUUGUUUUGGUUUAGCUUGUUCCGGCUGGUCUUGGCUCACAAUCCAGUGUUUCCUUUCCUUUGCUACUAAUAAUUAAGUUUUAAUUUUUACCUAAUUCUUGAACUGUAGAGUGUUUCAGUGUUCAAAUAUAUAACUCAUCAAAGUUUUCUUCAAAUGCCGAGACUUUUUGCAUUUUAUGUCAGUGAUCAAACAUAUUUCACAUUCUCUGAAUCAGUUACCCAAAGGAAAAAGACUGCAGAACAUCAGUACAUAGGAAUGUUUUCAUUUCAGCCUAAUUGUGAGAAUAAAGUAAAUUAGUAACAUUUUCAGGGGUGCCAGUUAUCCUGACCAGAACUGGGUGUAUCUUCAUUUUUUUAAAAUUAUCCCCCAAAUGAAAUUAGUUUAUGAAAUGGUUCUCUGUGUAGACAUUGUUGUUGAAGUUUAGCAAAGCUGAAUCCAGAUGUAGAAGAAUUUUACAGUGAAUCAACAGAAAAUUCAACUAGAUUCUGUAUUUAUUAACGUUCUCUUCCUCUGUCAGUUUGGUAAAUCACACUACUACCGGGCCCACAGCUGAAAUAUUCUGACAGCAGAAUUUUUCAAGUCUUCUUAAGCUGAAAUUAUUCAUAUUUAUCUUUGCUGUUGGAUGCAGGUUUAAGCCAAUGUGGACACAGUACAUGUAUGUGAAAUUUUACUGCAUUUAGUUGAUACAAACACGCAUACAUACACAGUCAUGCAUGCAAAUCCUCACACACUGGGAAGAACGUAAUGAACCAUAACCACAACAAACUACUGGACUCGCUUCACACCUUUUUUGUAUGCUUUUUAAUUGUGUAAUUUUUUUUUUGUAAACAAUGUUUGUACUGUGAAUGUGAUUCAUUCUCUGACUGUAUAGUUGUGGAUAAUUUAGAUUAUUAUAUUUAUGCUGUCAGUCUCUCCAUUUGCCUUGGUUUUUGUUUUUGCUUUUUUUUAAUCCUAAAUUGUGUUGAGAUUGUAGAAUGCAAUAGUGUGUGUACUUGACUCACAGUCUGAAAACAAUGGUGCUAAGUUUGGACUGUACCUGACCUUAUUUAUUCUAUAAUGAAAACAUCGAAAAACAAGUCGAAUACUUGGUGCUUUACACAGGGACAUUUGUAAAGCCAUAUUUUUGGCUUUUCCUUUUCUCAUAUUUAAUAUGCUAUUGUCUCGUUCUUUCGAUGCCUAGUGUAUAACUGUAGACACCACGUUUCGAUGGAAAUGCUCUCCAACAGCCGGCUCAUAGUCUGAGUAAAUAGGUAUGAGGGCCUCAUGUUGAUGUUUCUCAAGCAGCAGUUUCAGACAUACGUUGGCCCGCUUUGCUCUCAUCUGUUAGUGAACAAGACACACUUUUUGUACAUAAAUUUUUAUUGUUUUUCAUUGUACGUCUCAUCAUAAACAGAAAGGUAUAUAAAAUAUGUAUCUAUAUACAGUCUAUAUAUAUAAAUAUAUAUAAAUAUAUAUGAGUAUAUAUAUAUAUAAGUGAAAGGGGUGUUUUGGUGCUGGCAUUGUGACCCUUAAAUCCAACCUGUUAAACAGGAGGUAGAAGCCAAGCAGAGCAAAGCAUUGCCACCACAGGACCUUAAUAGACAGCGCGGAACACCAGAACAGCACCUGAAUCCUUGUGAUAUACACACACACACACACACACACACACACACACACCCCCCGCAUCUAGAAACUCAGAAGCUGUGUGUUUUUUAACACGCAGAGGUGCUGUGACUCGAACACAACUAGAUUUCAGCACUAGAACUGUUAUCACUUUUAUCGGAUGUUUCCACAUCUUUGUUUCUGUUUGUUUUUUUUACCAACCCAGAUCCUGCAAGAAAAAUGGUGCUUCUGUUUCCAAACAACGACAAUUCACAUUUUGCAAGUUAAAUCUUCAGUGGUGCAUACAGAACUAUGUGUCUGCGUCUUUACACACUGUCUGUCCUUAGAUGUCUCACUGACGAGGCCCAACCUCGUCACGUGAGCAUGUUGUGUAAUUGGAAGAGACGUGCUGAUGUGAAACACUUGUCUUAGUGUGAGUGCGAGCAGCCAAGCUUCCUUUUUUCUCCGAUAGUGGGAGUACACUUAAGCUCAGUUUGUGUGCGUGCUUGUAUUUUCUCCACUUGCCAGUGCAUAUCUAAGGGAAGAUUAGACUAAUAAUCAAAGCUUUAUAGUAAAAACUCCUGUCCUGUGCACUCCCUCUGUGAACACAAAUGUGUUUCUCACCUGCGAGUGUUCAAGUGAAAAAAAGAAAAGUCAUUUUAGAGCAUAAUUAGAGACUAGUCCAUUUGUUACCAGCACUGAGAGGUAUUUUGUAAUUACUGUUGAUGCUGUUUUGAUUUUCUUAAUCUUGGUGUUUGAUACAAUUUCAGUUACAUGUUAUGCUUUUAAUUGUGUCUUCAGAUUCCUGUCAAUUUUCACUACUACUAGUCAGACAGACAGCACGGUGCUCUCCUUCACUUUAAACAAGGAAAUUGCAGCUAUUGAUAAAUACUACUCUUCUCCUGUUGUGCUGCAGGGUUUUAUAGUUUAAAAACACAAGCUCGCCUGGUGGCUUUUCUGAUGGUCCAGUUUAACCUUUGGAACUUUCUCUAAUCUGGAGGCCCGUUGCGGUGUAUGUGCAAGUACGAGUGCUUUGUGGAAAUGUCGCAGAGUUCAGCUCAUUUUGUAUUUACUUCUGGGAUCAGUCAAAGGGAUUUUGUUAUUAACGGUCCUUUGGUGUACGAGCGUGAUUUGAAUUCAGAGCUUCUUUGCAGUUCUCUCCAGCAUACUGCAUCCUGGUACAGUAUUGGUAGAUAAUCUGUGAGAACUUUGCAGUCGAGGCUGUUUACUCUAAAUCCUGCCAAAGGUCUUAACUCAGGAACUUCCCAGGUUGCUUGUGAUGAUUUUUUUCUAUCAGCUACUGCAUGUCGCAUUUAUUAACCAUCUUGUGGCAUAAUGAAGUCCCUCUCCUCAAACUCAGGACCAGGAUCAGCCCUCAGUAAGCUUAUUUCAAGGUAAAAAUUUGUCAGAUCUCCUCAGAUUCACUCCUACUGGCACAUACAUCCGGCCUCUUCAGUGAAGCUUUAUGAGUCAGUCUGAUCUCGAGAAGCUGUGAAAUGGCUACGACUUUCAGCAUCUUCCUCAUCUCACGAAUGCCUCUGUCUAGAUUUGUGUAUCUAAGAAGGAGGUCCGCUGACCUUUGUUAACAUCUCCUUCAUUAUGUGGGGAUGUUAAAGGGCAGAUGUGACCAACAGUCUGUGUACAGUAGAUCUCUGAUUGGUGAAGCCAGGGCAGGUUUGAGGUGCAAUAAUGGCAAACCUACUUUCCAAAAGGCCCUGGGUUUUUCAUGGAAAACUUGUUACUGUUUGAUGUUGGUGCUUUUAUCCUAAGAUGUUAUAAUGAAACAAAUGGAAUUAAUGUUUUUUUUCCUGCGUUUUAUGAUUAUUAAUAAAAAAAAAUGUUUCCUAUAA